CAGCAUUUUGGUUUACGGCCUCACCGGUUCAGUUAUCAGUGUGCUCGGAGGACAUAAGAUAAGCUUAAGUUUACUCUGAGCUGAUCUGACCACUUUGUUGUAGACUGAAUCGAAUCAAUUAUUAUUAAAAAAACGUGCUGUGCUACUUUUCUCCUGGUAUGAUAUGCGAUAUAUUUAGCUAACUUGUCAGAAGUAUUUUUACGUCGUGUGGCACAAGAGCCUACCCAAUUCCUUCACAAUCAUGCCUAUUCAGCUGACAAGUCAGGCAUACUGUAAAAUGCUCUUGCAUGCCGCCAAGUAUCCGCACAGCGCCGUCAACGGGUUACUGGUUGCAGAAAAAGCCAAGGCGAGAAGGAAAGACAGUCUCCACGAUCCUGUCUUGUGUGUGGACUGUGUGCCGCUCUUCCACGGCACUUUGGCUCUUGCACCCAUGCUAGAAGUUGCUUUAACACUGAUUGACACUUGGUGCAAAGAAAACAAUUAUGUCAUCGCUGGAUACUAUCAAGCCAAUGAACGCACAAAGGAUUCUAGACUCAACCAGGUUGCAGAAAAAGUUGCAGCAAGGAUUUCUGAAUGCUUCAGUGAAGCCGCAAUUGUUAUGGUGGACAGCAGCAGAUUAAAAAUGAGUUGCCGCGAACCCAUUGUGCUCAUUUAUGACCUUCACGAAAAUAAAUGGAAAAGCAGGGAUGUCAAUCUUGACUCUUUCGAGGACUGGAGCGAAGCGCAGAAGAUCACGUCAGCUCUUCUGGAGGGAAGGUCCUACGAGAACUUGAUCGACUUUGACAAUCACCUGGAUGACCUCAGGAACGAUUGGACCAACCCAGUGAUUAACAAAUGUGUCCUGGACCUGUGUUAAAACUGUUGGUUGUGUAGGCUUAACAAGCACAUGAUGACAGCUGCUUCUGCUACCUCUGGCACGGGAGCACAUGAUACUCAACCGGACAGUUCCAGUUUAACUUCUGGCACUGCCCAGAAUAUGUAGAACACCGACCUUUGAUUAGGGCAACUGAUCUCAAGGGCAAGCACCUGAUGUGCACUUUGGGCAGUCAUUGCAGACAUAAUGUGUCUCGAUGCAUUUAAAAAAAAGAGAAUGCCGUGUCUUUAAUCAUAGUCUUAAAUAAAUAAUGAAACAUAGAAAAUAUUUGAUUGAUUAUGUUGUUCUUUACUUCUAAAUGAAGUAGCCAUACUGAGAUAAAAUACGGUAGUGCCUUGAGAGAUUAAUUUAAUUCACACGUGAUGCAAAACAAAAGUACCGGUAGUUUAUUUUAACAAGAAAAAUGGCAAACUAAUAUUUGACUAUGAAUUCAUAGUUAUGAGAUAAUAGGUUGUUUAAAAUAAAAUAGUUGGGGUCAGUUUGUGUCAAUCCAGUGGAUAUUGUGCUUCAUCUUCUGGGUGUCUUGGCCACAUGGGGGCAGUAUAAGACACACAAAGAAGACUUUCUUACUGACGCAGUAAGCUGCAGUAAUAUUUCUUUUUUUUCCCUGCAUAGAAUAAAUAAUAUGAUGUUUUUUAAAUAUUGUUUGUCUACAUAUGUUGCUUCGUUUGUGUUCAAAUAUUUGUGGCCUAAAGUAUAAAACCAUGGUGACACCGUUAUUUGCUUGUUAGCCUGUCUAUGUAUUUUGGCAUUGUGUGUUAGCAUUAAGCUCACAGACUUUAGUAAGGCAUAAUAAAUGCCAGUUUGCUUACAUUAACAAGUACGGUAAUUGUCUUUGUUUUAUGUUUAGUUUGACAGUUUGUAGUUUGACAGUAAACUUCGAGGGGGCAAAUGUCAAUCUUGAAGCUACUUUUUUGGAAAAACUAUCUGCCAAAUUGCUGCCUGCUGUCAAAUGAGCUGAAAUCGGUUCACUGCCAUCAUAAAGCACUUGCAAGUCUUACAAUACAAUAAAAUACAUGCCGAUUUAUAUAGUUUUAGCAAAAAAAAGUCGUCGAAUCUCUCGUCUUUCAAGGCACAACUGUAAAAGAUUUAAACUUGUAGGAUAUUAUUUUACUUCCACUAAUAUAUAAUUACCUGUAACAUUUUGUUGCAUUGUUUUGACGCAUCCAAAACACACAUUGUUUUAAAAUUACUGUACUGUAUUCUUUUGUAUAUGCACCAGCAAUGACAGACUGAUAUUUUGAAGUUAUUCAAACUCCUCUCAAGAUCACAGAGAUGUAUUGCUUUGUUUUAUGUACUGUAUGUUUGCUCAAUAGAGCUGUUGUAAUUCUUCCAUCUAAAAAUCAGAAGACAUUGUACUUUAUGAAUGUAAACAUACAGUGCAACACUUGUAUUUGUGAAUAUGGACUCUGUUAGCUAUAGCCUGUAACCAGCCACGUACGAUCAUGGCAUUUUUACAGAUUAUUUUCAACUGAAUGGUCUCUGUAACACUCAAGGUACUUGUCUAGCAAUGCACUAUCAUUGGGAAGAUAUUCAACUAAAUCACAUUCAGGGGAAUAUGAAUUAAGAUUUUGUGUUUUGCUUUGAUUUCUGCUGAUUAAACAACGAAUGGCACUCA